GAGAGAGAGAGGGAAAGCUGGAGAGCUCUGCGGUAGCAGUCAGCGCAAGAACCAAAGCAGAGAAGGGAAAAAAAAAGGUAGACAGAGAAAAAAAACACUGGAAUUAGGAGCUAAGAAAUAAAAUAAAGGAGAAAGAGUGAGAGAGAAGACUGGACAAUAAUUUCAGACCAGGACAGAAGAGACUGAGAGAGAAGGGAAAAAAAGACAGAAACACGAAUUAAAAGAAGUCUCGGACUUCACAUUGAAGACAAAUGUCCACGUGUGGAUUGUUGCUGCUGCUGUGAUCUGUCAUUCCUCUUCACAGUGUGUGUGUGUGUGUUGUUGAGAGACUGUGGAGAGUGUGUGUGAGCCUGUCGUUCGUCUGGAGUCUACGGGACCAUGGCACCUGUCAGGAAUGGAUGAACUUGAGGCUUAAAGGACUCUCGGAAGAGAAAACAAACUAAAAAAGGCUGAAGGAGUAAAAGCUUUCACUGUAGAGUGGAAACUCCACAUCCACAGCAUCACUGUAUCAUUGAGCAGGAGAACUGACCGCCAUCACGGCAACAACUACCACGAAAACCAGCAUCCCAUUCGAUCAUCUGUGUGGCAGCUGUCUGCAGUUUAAAACUGACGAGAGGUUCUGGUGUUCCUCAGAAGAUGAUGACCAUGAUGAUGAUUAUGUGCAGCUCGCUGGUCCUGCUCGGGCUUAUUGGUGUCAGUUCUUCAUCCAGUGGAAGUUCACCUUCCUCUCCCCGGAUGAAGCUGUCUUAUAAAGACCUCCAGCAGUUUAACGGCAUUAAGCGGUUUGACUUGGAGCGUUCGUGUUGUUUUAGAACUCUCCUAUUGGACGAGGAGAGGGGGCGACUAUUUGUUGGAGCUCGUAACUUUCUGUUAUCUCUCAGUCUCGACAACAUCAGUAAACAGGAACAGAAGAUUUACUGGCCAGCACCUGUUGACUGGAGAGAAGAAUGCAACUGGGCAGGGAAAGACAUCAAUACGGACUGCGUUAACUAUGUGAAAGUGCUACACCACUACAAUCGGACUCACUUGUACGCCUGUGGGACAGGGGCUUUCCACCCCUCCUGUGCGUAUGUGGAGGUGGGACAGAAGAUAGAGGAUCAUGUGUUUAAAAUCGACCCCUCUAUGGUAGAAGAUGGAAAAGGAAAGAGUCCAUACGACCCACGCCACACAUCAGCAUCUGUUCUAAUUGGUGAUGAGCUUUAUGCAGGCGUGGCCACUGAUUUAAUGGGACGGGACUUUACUAUCUUUCGAAGCAUGGGACAAAGGCCCUCCAUACGAACAGAACCACAUGAUUCUCGCUGGCUCAAUGAGCCCAAGUUUAUAGCAGCAGUUGGGGUUCCAGAGAGUGAGAAUCCUGAUGAUGAUAAAGUCUUCUUCUUCUUCAGAGAAACUGCUGUAGAAGCUCAGGGAUUUGGGAAGGUUACAUAUUCCAGGAUUGGUCAGCUGUGCAGGAACGAUAUGGGAGGACAGCGCAGCCUAGUAAAUAAGUGGACAACAUUUCUAAAGGCCCGUCUGGUGUGUUCUGUACCAGGCAAUGAUGGCACUGAAACACAUUUUGAUGAACUUAGGGAUGUGUUCCUGCUGCAGACCCGUGACCGAAAGAACCCGCUGAUCUACACCGUCUUUACCACCUCAAGUAGCGUAUUUCAAGGUUCUGCGGUGUGUCUCUACACCAUGAAUGACAUUCGCCGGGCAUUUUUAGGACCUUUUGCCCAUAAAGAGGGAUCCAAUUAUCAAUGGGUUCCAUUCCAGGGUAAAGUGCCGUACCCUCGGCCAGGCAUGUGUCCCAGUAAAACCUUUGGGAGUUUUGAGUCCACUAAAGGUUUCCCUGAUAAUGUAAUCCAGUUUGCAAGGCACCAUCCAUUAAUGUUUAAUCCAGUCACUCCACUGGGAGACCGGCCGCUGUUCCUGCGCACUGGAAUCCCAUUCACCUUCACUCAGAUUACUGUAGACCGGGUCAACGCAGCUGAUGGACACUACGAUGUAAUGUUCAUUGGCACAGAUAUCGGCUCUGUGCUGAAGGUGAUCUCUGUGCCCAAGGGAAGCUGGAGUAACACAGAGCUUCUGCUAGAGGAGCUUCAGCUCUUCAAGGAUUCUUCAUCUAUUAUCAGCAUGCAGAUUUCCUCUAAACGGCAACAGCUGUAUGUUGGCUCGGACGCAGGUGUUGUCCAGGUGCCUCUGCACCGCUGCAGUAUGUACGGUAAAGCUUGUGCCGAGUGCUGCCUGGCUCGAGAUCCAUACUGUGCCUGGGACGGACACACUUGCACACGCUACCUACCAAACACAAAACGGAGGUUCCGGCGUCAGGAUGUGAGGAAUGGGGAUCCUAAUGCACUCUGCUCAGGAGACCAUCAGAAGCAGCGUGUUCUGGAGAAGAGGCUGUAUGCUGUGGAUGGAAGCAGCUCCUUCCUGGAAUGCAUCCCGAAAUCAUUACAGGCCCAGAUUACAUGGACCUAUCAGAGGCAUCCGGAAACCUCCCGGGAGGAGGUUCGUUUAGAUGAGCGUGUUUUGCUGACUGAGCGAGGCCUGUUGCUAAGGCGAGCCGUGCGUAGAGACAGCGGUGUGUAUCAGUGUCAUGCAAUGGAACACGGAUUCACCCAGACUAUCCUCGCGAUCACGUUGGAGAUUUUGCCUUUGGCUGGCUCCGCCCCUUCAGCUCCUAUCCCUCGCAGCCCCGCCCACUCCCACGCCAAUCACGGGCAGUCUACCAAUCAAAAGCUGUGGUACAGGGACUUCAUGCAGUUGGUGGAUCACCCAAACUUAAACACGGUCGACCAGAUCUGCGAGCAAGUUUGGUCACGCAAGCACAGCCUAUCAGGGAAGAGCUCUCCAGAUACAGCCAAUAAGGCACCGGUUCAUGACCCGCUGCACUCUAAAAAGUGGAAGCACCUGAAGGAAGUGAGGAAAGGGCGAAAUCGCAGAACACAUGAUGGGAGACCUGCCCUCAGAUCGCCGCGGAGCACUGGAGAGUAACAAGGGAUGAGAGACGGACUGACGGGAGCAAAAACCACUGGAAGUGGACAGAUUCUCAUACAGCAUCUCUUUUAUUGACUGUUUAUCACCUGCUCUGCUUCUCGUUACCCCUGUGAUGACACUCCACUGCUUGUCUCUAUUUACUCGAUUGCCCUCAUCUCAAGUCUGAAGACUCAAUCUAGUGCCCCCAUGACCCCAAUCCCACUGCUGCCAGCAUCUAUUACUCCUGAUUUUAUUCAGAAAACCACGCUCCAUCCAGUUCAUCUAAAUACUAACACAAAGUCAAGGUCCUAAAAUCCCAAAUAUCCCUUUGAAUUGUAACAGGAAAAGCAUUGAUCGGAAAUUGAGGACCCAAAGGCGUGCAUGAACUAUGUAAACACAGGCUCUUGUGGACACACAUUGAGUAAAUACAUGCAUCCUCUUGUUUUCAUCUGGUUGUUUGUGCAACAUGUGUUCUGUAUAUUAGAUUCUUCUGUCACUUUGGCCCUGAAACAGAGACCUCACAGACCCUUGACUCACCAGCACCAGAUGAACACCAUCACUCUUCUGUCACUGCUUGAAGACUUAAAACAAGAUUUCAAGCAAACAUAAGGAGAAGAAACUUUUGCAGAUUUGUGAUCUGGUAAGGUUGUAGCUACUGUAAGAGUGUUUAAGUAAAUGUUUUUUUAUGUAACGGUAAUUAUAUACCUUGCAAGCCUAAAGAGGUCACUGAGCUUUACAUUUCUAGCGGUUCUGUAAAGUAACAAAGGUGAACUAUUUUGAUUUACUAAGUAAUGUUUCAGGUGUUCUGAUUAUGUGUUGAAUGAGACCGAGUUGGACACAACAUUAAUGUACGGGGGCAUUAUGGG